UGGGGCGGAGGCCCAGGAAGUGAAGGCCCUGGUAGCGGAGUCGGCGAAGUCGGCGACGCCAGUUGCGGUCUUGCGUUCCCGGAUCGUGGGCGAUGGAGAACGGAGCGGUCUACAGAUCCACCACCGAGGCGCACCCGGGCCCCUCCAGAGGCGCCCGGAGCGGCCUCGUCUCCUACUUCACCCUGCGCCGGCUCAAGCGGACCCGGCUAAUCCUCAAACUCCUUCAGCUGGUGCUGUCUCUGUUGGCCUUUAUCUGUGAGGAAGUUGUGUCACAAUGUACUUUGUGUGGAGGCCUUUACUUUUUCGAAUUUGUAAGCUGCAGUGCCUUUCUGCUGAGUCUCCUUAUGCUGAUUGUGUACUGCACUCCAGUUUAUGACAAAGUUGAUCCCGCAAAAGUCGAGUCAUCGGAUUUUUAUAUUACUGUGGGAACAGGAUUGGUGUUUUUGGUGGCAUCCAUCUUUUUCUCUUUGACACAUGACAGUACCACGGCUGAACUUGCUGCAAUUGUGUUUGGAUUUCUAGCAAGUUUUGUGUUCCUGUCUGACUUUUUCAUUAUGGUCUAUGAAAAACGUAAGGAGCCCCGGCCAAGAAAACCUGAGGCUACUGUUAAUGAACCACUUAAUGCUUAGAGACUCUAGGGAACAGGUGUUACGUCGCCACCGCGUGGUGCCUGAGCCCUGGCAGAAGCUCUUGUAGAGUCUGUCAUGAUUAAACCACUUCCUUGGGAGCGCA